GUGAUAUAUACAGCAAAGAAAAAGGCUAAAUACAGCAAAAUAUUGGAAAAGACUAACCUACCCUUAUUAAAAUUUAACCCCACCCUCACCCUCACCCUCACCCUUACCCUCACCCUCACCACACACGAGAAUUCUGCAUCAUCAUCGUCUUCUGCAUCGUCAUCGUCGUCUGCAUCAGUUUCGCGAGCCGACGGUGGUGACGCCGACGAUCCUCCUCCGCUUCGUCCGACUCGCCGACCCUAAAUCCUCUUCUUACUUCUCAUUCGACGCGCCAUCUUGUCUGCAUCGUCGUCGGCACCUGCUCGUCGCCGGGAGCGUAGUACACGAUGUCAAGUACUAGAGAAAGAGGUUGUAUUAGCCAGAAAGAUGGAAAUAAAGGAAAAGGAAAGAGGCAAUUACUUGACAGUGAAGCACCAUCGGAGAAAAAUUAUAGUGGUCGACUUGGAAAAAAAAAUGAUAGAACUCGAAAAGGUAUUACAAUGUCUGCGAGAGCUAGGGCUGUGAAAGCUAGAGAAGAAGUUUUAGCCCCUACUAGUAAAAAUGAUCGAGAGAAAACUCAUAUGGAGGAUUUUACUAUCCCCAACUAUGUUGAUAAUGAUUCAGAUGAUAAUAUUUCUGAAGAAGAAGAUAUGUUGUUUAGUGAUAUUCUAUUUCAGAGAGAACGUGAGGAUGAUGAGGAUCUAGUUGAUGAUAAUGGUGAUGAUACUGAUGAUGUAGAGGGUGAUGACAUAGGGGAGGAGGAUGAGGAAGAACAAAACGUACACAAAAUUGAUGAUUGGCAGUUGAUUAGAGGGAUAGAUGGAGGACCUUCAAAUCCCGAGUUACUUACCGGUUUUCGCGCUCAUGUUGCACACUACAUAUGGAUUGGUCAGGAUCGAGGUUUGUUGACAUGCCACAAUCGAAGUGACCAGUUAUCUUCGUGGACUAUAGAACAAGAUGAUGUUAAACUUCUGCUUGCAAAAACACAACUAAAACAUUUAUCAGCUUGUAUGUUUGAGCACGUAAACCUGCCUCUGAUUUCAGCUUUCGUUGAGAGAUGGCAUCCUGAAACAAAUUCAUUUCACAUGCCAUUUGGAGAAAUGACCAUCACUCUUCAUGAUGUAUCUUAUAUACUCAAUGUACCUGUAGUGGGUAACCCUCUAAUCACUGAGAAUACUGGACCUGCGGUAUCAUUGAUGAAAACCCACAUGGCAUCCCUCCUAUAUAUGUCUAUGGAUGAAAUAAAUAAAAAUUGGAAGAAAGGUACCAUAAAAUUCAAUGUUGUAAAAUCUAACGUAUCUAAUCAAAAUGUAAAUCCAAAACAUACUGCAAUAGGAUUUUUGUUAUGGUUGGUUGGUGCUACAUUGUUUGUAGACAAGACUCAUAAUGCAGUGAAUGGACAUUUUUUACCUUUUCUAAUGAAUUUAGAAGGGGUUAGUAGUUAUGCCUGGGGUGCUGCAACUUUAGCUUAUAUGUAUCGUCAGCUCGGAAAGGCUUCACGAUUUCAAACUAAGCAAAUAAGUGGUUGUUUAACAUUACUUCAGGCAUGGAUAUAUGAAUAUUUUCCAAGAUUUAGGCCAACGGAAAAUGGAAAUUGGGCGAAACAACCCCCAUAUGCUGCAAGAUGGGUACCUGGAAAGAUGAAAAAGACGAAUGAUGAUUUACUAAUUUACAGAGCUGCGUUAGAUUGCAUGACGGUGGAUGAGGUUACUUGGACCCCCUUUACAAGAGAUCCGAGCAAAGAUGUUCCAAUUUUGCGAUAUUGUGGAAUCAUUCAUUGUCGGUCCAUUACUGAGCCAUACAUGCCUAUUCGAGUUUUAAGGCAAUUUGGAUAUGUUCAAGUGAUACCUCCAUGUCCUUUUGUUCCUAAUAAAGUGUAUAGGGGAUCCAAUAUACAUAAAUAUAAUUGUGUACAUGAUCCGAUGAUUACAAAUUGGAGAACAUGGCAACAACAUUUGAUGCAACCUGGUAUGCUUGGGUCUUUUCGUGCUCGUUUUACCACUGAGGUUGCUGAUAAUUAUAUAAAUUGGUUUAAGGAUCGCACACAUGCUAAAGUUUGA